CCCUCCGCAGGUCACUUCCCCUUCUCGUCGGAGCUGUGUCUACUCUGGAUCUCCCUCGACGUCCUCUUCUGCACCGCCUCUAUCAUGCACCUCUGUACCCUCUCCGUGGACCGCUUCCUUUCGCUCAGGUACCCCAUCAAGUUCGGGCGGCACAAAACUCGGCGGCGCGUGGUUCUCAAGAUCGUGCUGGUGUGGUGCCUCUCGCUGGCCGCCUCGCUGCCGCUGUCCCUCAUGUACGCCACGGCGCCGCACACCACCAUCGUGGACGGCGUGUGUCAGAUCCCCGUGUCGCUCUUCCAGAUCAUCGGCUCCGUCAUCUGCUUCUACAUUCCGCUGGUCAUCAUGCUGGUGACCUACGCCCUCACGGUGCGUCUGCUCUCCCAGAAACAGAGUGAACUGCAGUCCUCGGUGCUGGAGCCCUCCUCCGCCUCCGCCUCACCCUCGCCACGCUCCCUCCGCUGGAAGAGGCUGCUCUGCAAGACAACCUCCACCCUCAGCACCAGCACGGCCGUCUCGCUCACCGACGGCGAGGUGAGCGAGGCCACCUGCCGCCCGGAGCAGUGCGGGCCUCACGCCAAGCUGCGGCGCCUCGGCAGCAGCCCCCAGCGGCGGCCGCCCCUGGUGCGCUACGCCAGCCACCACUAUCACCACCGCUCCGCGCUCGUGCGGGCUGACGGCUGCAACCUGAGGGGUUACUCGACGCGGGAGCUGCGCGCAGCCGAGGAGCAGCAGCAGCAGCAGCAACAGCAGUCUUUCCCGACUCUGUCAGCCUCGGCACCCGCCUACGAGAUGAGCGUGCUGCCCCCCGCCGCCCGCUCCGCCCCCUCCUCCACCACCACCUCGCCCCUCCACCGCCGCCACCCACACCUCCACCCAGACGACGCUGCGGGGGGCCAAGAGGAGUCCAGCACCUCCCCGACAUACGAACAGAACGGCGACCCGCGGGGCGGUGCGAGAGAGCGGUGUGGCGAGGAGUGCGGGGGCGGAGCGCGGGCGGCGGGCGGCGGCAGCGGCGGGCAGGUGGCGGUGCCCUGCAGCUGUGCCCCGCGGUUCUUCCUGGAGGACAUGAAGGCGCAGGACAGCCAGUGCGAGGAGUGCGCCGCCCCGCAGCCCAGCGAGGUGGCCGUCCACUACUCUGCCCCGCGGCCCCGCCGCAGCCGCGACGCCAGCCAGCCCCGGGGGGGAGCCAGCUGGUGCUGCUGCUGCUGUCCCGCUGCCUUCAUCCGCCUCACCCGGCGCCGCCACGCCCCAGAGCCCGGCGCCCCUUUGUCUUCACCGUGGCACGAGGGGUCCAGCCCGCCCAGACCCACCCAGGACCUGGUCACCCGCAGCACCCUCAGGCCGGGCGGGCAGGUGACCACCACGCUCUUGCAGAAGGGCGGGUCCUCGGAGGCGGGGUCGUCGCCGCGCGGGCUGUGGCGGCAACAGUCAUGCUCCGCCUCCCUCAAGUUUGUGUCCUCGAAGCGCCAUGGAAGGAACCUCAGGAUGGAGCAGAAGGCGACGAAGGUCCUCGGCGUGGUCUUCUUCACCUUCGUUCUGCUGUGGGCGCCGUUCUUCAUCGCCAACGUCCUCAUCUCGUGCGGGGCCCACAUCGGGGAGGAGAUGAUCAACCUGGUCACCUGGCUCGGCUACGCUUCGUCCAUGGUCAACCCAUUUUUCUACACGUUCUUCAACAAGACCUUCAGACAAACGUUCCUCAAGAUCAUGAAGUGCGACAUCAAGACCACAAGGAAGUACCACCUCUGAGGCUUUAAGAAUGGUUGUUAUGUACUUUUAUUCGUCCCCGCCACCCAUCUUGUUAUCCCUUUACCUGACUACCUCACCCCGCCCCGUUUCACCUGUUAGAACACCUCUAUUCACCUGGCCCUCACCUGGUCACGCCGGCUCGCCCCUCCAUCCCGCCCCCUAACCUCGCUAUAGUGACUGCGAGCUGUUGAGGGCGGGAGAGAAGGGUGUUAAAGCGAGGUGUUGGCCACGUAUCCCUCCCUCCCUCCCUCCCUUACCCUCCCUCCCUCCCUCCCUUACAGAGUGUCAACCCAGCGAGUAAUAGGCUUGAAUCAGUGUCCCUUGCGUUCGAAAAUAAGGUUUGCCAUGUAUAUAUACAGACGUUUCUAAGUGUCUUUGGUGUUGCAGAAGAAAACGUUUUACCUGUGCGAAGCUAUAAAAGUUAUUAUGUAUAUUUAGAGGACAGUAAGUAUUCCUAGACGCGCGUGUGGCCCGGACUGGCAGGCUUCACUGGAGCUUCACGAUUGGUUCAGUUUAAAGAUUCACUGUUUCGGUAAUACCAGUCUGGAGGCUUCACGUUCACCUGUACUCUCGCGCCACGUUUAAUUGACAGUAUUACGAGAAGCGACCUGCGCUGUACCUUAAUUAUCCCCACAUUACCUGUCCCCUUGAUCACCUGAAGCCAGUACCUGUGUUGAUACGAGUCUCGCCUUUAAGUGACAAAAAAAUACUCCUUCCGUCUAUUCUUUUCCGUCAUACCUUUAAACAUUCCCAAAAAUAAGUAUACCUGUUUACUUAAUGAUCUCAAGCACAUCCUCCCCAUUCUAAUCUUACGAACUCAAUUUUCUUCAAGAUCCUCCAAAUCUGUGCAUCUUGUUCCCUAAUCUAACCUAUCCUUUCAAAAUCCGUACCUGCCUAAUUAUUUACCUUUGGCUCAUCCCUCACUCUCCUGCCUUCAUUUAUCACUUAUGAACUCUCACUUAUUUAUGUUUUCCUCUGUUAUUUCCUUCCCUUUAUCUCUUAUGCCCAUUUUCUUGUUUCUCUGUGUUACACCCUUCAAUUUACCCUUAUGCCCUUUCCCUAAUAUUUUCCUGUUUCCUUUUUUUCCUUUAUCCCUUAUGCCCUUUCCCUUCCUUGUUUUACUCCCCUAUAUCCUUUAUGUCCUUUCCUGUGUCAUCCCUUUCCCUUUACCCCUUUUCCCACUUUCCCUUAUUCCUGUGUUCCUCCCUUGUCUUUAUCAUUUACGCCCUUUCCCUUAUGUUUUCCUCUAUGUCAUUCUUUUCUUUUUAUUCCAUACAAAGUUUCCCUUCCUCCUGGUUUUCACUGUUAAUGUCUGUUAGUCCUUUCCCUCUAUUCCUUAUGCGCUUUCCUUCUGUUUUCCUUCCUAUUUUCCUGUUUCUUCCUUUCCUUUAUCCCUUACAAACUUUCCCUUACUCCUGGUUUUCACUGUUAGUCCUUUCCUUCUAUUCCUUAUGCGCUUUUCUUCUGUUUUCCUCCCUGUUUUCCUGUUUCUUCCUUUCCUUUAUCCCGUAUGCACUUUCCCUUAUUCCUGUUUUCCUAUAUGUUACUCCCUUCUUUUUAUUCAUUACGCACUUCUUCCCUUUCCCUCUUUUCCUCCUCGUUUUUGUAUUCUCUUAUUCUUGUUUUUCUAUGUUACACAUUUUUUUUCGUUACGCACUUCCCCUUCCCUCUUUUCCUCCGUUUUUUACUGUUCCUCCCUUUCCUUUAUCUCUUAUGUCCUUUUUCUUACUCUUGUUUCCCACUGUUACUCCCUUUUUUUCGUUAUGCACUUCCUCUUCCCUCUUUUCCUCCCUUUCCUUCCUUCCCUUUCCUUUAUCUCUCAUGUCCUUUUUCUUAUUCUUGUUUCCCAUUGUUACUCAUCACUUCGACUUAAGGGACUAUUACACUGGGCAAAUUUUCCAUGGAUUUUCAGUCAAACCACGAUAUCCGCUGGCGUGAUUUUCAGAUUUCCGUGGUUUUCUGACGUGUCCACGAUCUUCCAAAGCUACGGUAGAGUUCCUUGAAGGACGGCAGUAUUGCUCACCAUCAUCAUCAUCAGCAAGAACAAGAAACAAAUGAGAACCACGCCAGCGGAAAUCGUGGUUUGACUGAAGAUCCACGGAAAAUUUGCCCAGUGUAAUAGCCCCUUUACGCUGACCCUAAUCCUCUAUCUUCUGUCUGAUCCCUAUAUACGACUUCCCCUUCGUCCAUAUUUCAGUUCUUCCAUUUACCACGACACAGAUUGGCCACUUUUUCCCUUCACCCUCAUCAUCAGAACUCCUCAUUAUCCUCUUUCCCCAUUAUCCUUGACGCUAACUACCCUAUUUUCUUAAUUUUCGUAUUCUUUUCAAGUCCUUUUAUUCUUGUGUCCUAUUCCGUCAACUCCUUUUAUUAUGUUCCCUUUUUCUUUCCCGUAUACCUUUCAAGUUCUCCUAUUCCAGUUUCCAUUCUUUCGAUCCCUCUCAAAUUGGCUAUUUUUCCACUCUUCUCAUAUUCAAGUCCUCUUCCUGUUUCCCCAUUCCUCGACUCCUUUCAAACUACCCCCUUUUCCAUUCCAUUAUUCUCUUCAAACUCUCUUAUUCCUGUUUCCCAUUCUCUUGGCUCCUUUCAAACUGCCCCUUUUCCUUUUCAUUAUUCCCUCCAAACCCUUUUAUUCAUUUUUUUCAUUGCUUCGCUCCCUUUCAAACUGACCCCUUUUCCUUUCCCGUAUUCCUUCCGUCCCCUCUUGUUUCUCAUUCCCAUUGCGUCGACCCGUUUCAAACUGCCCGAAUAUCCUUUCCAUUAUUCCCUUCAAAUCCUCCUGCUCCUGUUUUCCAUUCUCUCGACUCCUUUCAAACUGUUCCCUUUUCCUUUCCCUUAUUCAUUUCAAGCUCUCUUAUUCCCGUUUCCCAUUCCGUCGAUCCCUUUCACAUUGGACCACUUGCUCAAUCCCUGUAUUAUGCACUAAGUUGUCCGUCUGCCCGCCAGUGUUGCACCAAAGACUUACUCGAACCAGCGGUGAACUUAUAUGAGUCUUCUGAAGCGACUCCCCGAAGCAAUGAACCGCUACGUAUGUGUAAAACUUCCGUCUGUGUUUAAUCUAUCCCGCAGGGGCAAGUUUUUUUUUUUUUUUUUUUUCUCAAGUUCCUCUCUCUCUCCGAACGAUUAUUACGAUAGCCGAUGUAAAACUGUCAACCCAAAGCUGCUCCAGAAGAAUAGUUCCCCUUAACUUUGACCGUCGCCCAUUUUCUCUCUCCGAAACACCGAGGAAAACGGGAACCCGGAUGCUGUUUGUUGGCUUGGAAAUAUUGCCGUUCUUCGUUUGUUCGUUGAUCCGUUACUUCCUGGAGUUACUAUAGGGGAAUCUGAUGCUUUUUACGUGCGUUUCUUCGCUGUUUCGGAGAUGAAGACGGAUGAUGAGUGAGGUCAGAAGGGGGAAGGGGGCGAACACUUUUUGUGGAGAACCUUGAAGGGUGUGACGCAACGCAACGCCGCGCUGUCCGUUCAUGUGGCUACACUGUUAUAUAUGUUGUGUUGUGGGACGAGCGAGCGAGCGAGAGAGAGAGAGAGAGAGAGAGAGAGAGAGAGAGAGAGAGAGAGAGAUAAACCCCUUAAGUCAAAUACAUACAUAAGAUCUGCAUGCCGAUUCAGGAUCCAGAAUAUUCCACCUUUGCAUUUAUUAACUUGUAACAGUUCUUAUUUUCCGUGUUUUCCCCGUUGCCAAUAAAGAUUUAACCCAG